CACGACUUCUUGCGGAAAAGCCACAGCUGAGCUGCCCGCCUCCAAACUCUCUCUCUCUCUCAGUCACAUUUACACGCAUGAAUGCGCCUUCGAGUAUUCCUAAAAUAUUCGGAGGAAGCAGAGGAGUGAUAGUAUACGCCAUUCCUAGAAGGUCAUCCACCAUGGCCACCGCCACGUCAGCUUUCCAGAAGCUUCUCACCGUCGGCACUAAAAUCAUCGCCGUCGGCCGCAACUACGCCGCUCACGCCAAGGAACUCGGCAACGCCGUCCCCAAGGAGCCAGUGUUGUUUAUGAAGCCGACGACGUCGUAUUUGGAAGACGGAGGGAAGAUUGAGGUGCCGCACAACUUGGAAUCCCUCGAUCACGAGGUGGAAUUGGCGGUUGUCAUCGGUCGAAAGGCUCGCGAUGUUCCCGAGGCCUCUGCUAUGGACUAUGUCGGAGGUUAUGCUCUUGCAUUGGACAUGACCGCUAGAGAGAUCCAAGCUGCUGCAAAGUCUGCAGGUCUUCCAUGGACUGUUGCUAAGGGUCAAGACACCUUCACACCAAUUAGCUCUGUUUUACCUUGCACAAUGAUUCCGGAUCCUCAUGAUGUGGAAUUGUGGUUAAAGGUCGACGGUGACCUUCGGCAAAGGGGAUCCACUCGAGAUAUGAUUUUUAAGAUUCCGUAUUUGAUUAGCCACAUAAGUUCUAUCAUGACGCUUCUGGAAGGAGAUGUUAUUCUAACAGGCACUCCUCAAGGCGUUGGUCCGGUUAAGGUUGGCCAAAAGAUAGAAGCUGGGAUAACUGGACUGUUGGACAUACACUUCGAUGUUGGAAGACGAAAGAGUGGAAAUAGUUGAAGCUUAAUCAUAUUAAUGUUGCAUUCCUGGGGUUUAUUUUGUGUAACAUUUCGCCAUCAUUAGAUGUUCAAUUUGGUUUUCCUGUUUUCAUAGUAACAAAGAAAACACAUUCCUCAUAAAAAUAAGAUAGAAUUGCUGAGAACAAGUUCUUGUUUAACCUCUUGUACACGAUUGCAGAUCGUACACCAAAUAAACAUGCUACUCACACUAGUUCUCUCCUCUUUAAA